CUUCGGCUUAAAAAAGGGAGUUUUUAAAGCAGACUGAUAAUUGGGAACUCGUCUCCUCCGCUAAGAAAAGAAAGAAAUAUAUGCAUUUGAUUUCUUCUCCUCGCGGUGGAACUUUGCUUUUUUUAAAAAAAAAUAAUAAUAACUUGCUAUAAAUAAAUUAAUUCCUGGGGAUUAUUGCUGGAUUUUUCUCCAUAUAUAUAUAAUUUUGGAAGGAUUUUAUAUCGUUGGACCUGUUUUGUUCAAGCAGGCAGCAAAUCGGUGCGUCACCAUGAAGCUGACAGGGAUAUUUUUGCUAUUGAUGCUUUGGACUUGCGAGGGUGCCAUAGUCGCAGAGAGUCGAGACGACAGCGUGUACGAUUUGUUUGACCUCAUCCAAGUCCCCAAUUCGAACCACGGGGUCACCCAAGUGAAGGGAGACGACCCGUACAGUCCCGCCUAUAAGAUCCUCAACCCGGACCUGAUCCCCCCGGUCCCCGAGAGCGCCUUUAGGGACCUGAUCGACUCCAUCCACGCCGAGAGGGGCUUCCUCCUCCUGCUCAACUUCAAGCAGUUCAAGCGGACCAGGGGGAGCCUCCUGACCGUGGAGAAGAAGGACGGCUCCGGACCCGUGCUCGAGAUCGUCUCCAACGGCAAAGCGAACACCCUGGACAUCGUUUUCUCCACCGAGAAAAAGCAGCAGCUGGUCUCCAUCGAAGAUGUGGAUCUGGCCACGGGCCACUGGAAGAACAUCACGCUGUUCGUGCAGGAGGACCGGGCGCAGCUGUACACGGGAUGCGAGGAGGUGAACACCGCAGAGCUGGAUGCGCCGAUUCAAAGCAUCCUGACGCAGGAGACUCCGGCCAGCGCGCAGCUCCGGGUUGGCAAGGGAGCCGUGAAGGACAGGUUCAUGGGGGUCCUCCAAAACGUGCGGUUUGUGUUUAGAACAACAUUGGACACCAUCCUCCGCAACAAAGGAUGCCAGAGCUCAGUGGAAACCGACACCAUGAUCCUGAAGAACCUUAACGGCUCCUCAGCCAUCAGAACAGAGUACACUGGACAUAAGACUAAAGACCUGCAGAUGGUGUGCGGAUUCUCCUGUGAGGACCUGGUCAGCAUGUUCAAGGAGCUGAAAGGCCUCGGUGUGGUGGUCAAGGAGCUGUCCAAUGAACUCCGCCAGCUGACGGAUGAGAACAAGCUGAUCAAAAGCCGCUUCGGCAUCCACAGCGGCGUCUGCAUCCACAACGGCAUAGUGCGCAAGAACAAAGACGAGUGGACCGUCGACGACUGCACCGAGUGCACUUGUCAGAACUCUGCUACCGUGUGCCGCAAAAUCUCCUGCCCCCUGAUCCCCUGCGCUAACGCUACCGUUCCAGACGGAGAAUGCUGCCCACGCUGUGGAACACCGAGCGACUAUGCAGAGGAUGGCUGGUCGCCGUGGUCUGAAUGGACCCAUUGUUCCGUGUCCUGUGGGCGGGGCAUCCAGCAGCGUGGCCGCUCUUGCGACCGUAUCAAUAACAACUGCGAGGGCACCUCUGUGCAGACUCGCGACUGCUACCUCCAGGAGUGUGACAAGCGCUUCAAGCAGGACGGGAGCUGGAGCCACUGGUCACCCUGGUCAUCGUGCUCAGUCACCUGUGGUGCCGGUGUCAUCACCCGUAUCCGCCUCUGCAACUCCCCCACCCCUCAGCUCGGAGGCAAAGACUGCGAGGGAGAGGGCCGGCAAACCAAUAAGUGUCAGAAGGAUCCAUGUCCCAUCAAUGGCAACUGGGGACCCUGGUCGCCCUGGGAUACGUGCACCCUCACCUGUGGAGGUGGUGUCCAGACUCGCAAACGCAUGUGCAACGAUCCUGUGCCGAAACAUGGUGGUAAAGAGUGUGUUGGUGAUGCCAAAGACACCCAGAUGUGCAACAAGAAGGCCUGCCCCAUCGAUGGGUGCUUAUCCAACCCCUGCUUUGCUGGAGCCAAGUGCACCAGUUUCCCUGAUGGUACCUGGAAGUGUGGAAAGUGCCCAGCUGGCUAUUCUGGCAAUGGAAUCAAGUGUAAAGAUGUUGACGAGUGCAAGGAGGUUCCAGAUGCUUGCUUCGAGUUUAACGGCGUGCACCGCUGUGAGAAUACAGAUCCUGGCUACAACUGUUUGCCCUGCCCUCCUCGCUAUUCAGGAGCACAGCCCUUUGGCCGCGGUGUGGAGCAGGCUGCUGCUAACAAACAGGUGUGCACACCCCGUAAUCCCUGCCUGGACGGAAGCCAUGAAUGCAACAAAAAUGCUCGCUGCAACUACCUUGGACACUUCGCUGAUCCCAUGUACCGCUGUGAGUGCAAGCCUGGUUAUGCUGGCAAUGGUCACAUCUGCGGAGAGGACACCGAUCUGGAUGGAUGGCCCAAUGCCGACUUGGUUUGUGUGGAGAAUGCUACCUACCACUGCAAAAAGGACAACUGUCCCAACCUCCCGAACUCGGGGCAGGAAGAUUACGAUAAGGACGGCAUUGGAGAUGCUUGCGACAAUGAUGAUGACAACGAUGGCAUUCCUGAUGACAGGGACAACUGUCCAUUCGUGUACAAUCCCAGGCAGUAUGACUAUGACCGUGACGAUGUGGGCGACCGCUGUGACAACUGUCCCUACAACAGUAACCCAGACCAGACAGACACAGACAACAAUGGAGAAGGGGAUGCCUGUGCCGUGGACAUUGAUGGAGAUGGCAUUCUGAAUGAGAAGGACAACUGUCCCUACGUAUACAAUGUUGACCAGAGAGACACGGAUCUGGACGGGGUGGGAGACAUGUGCGAUAACUGCCCUCUGGAACAUAAUCCUGAUCAGGUGGAUUCUGAUGACGAUCGCGUGGGAGACAAGUGCGACAGCAACCAGGACAUCGAUGAGGACGGACACCAGAACAACCUGGACAACUGCCCAUACAUCCCCAAUGCCAAUCAGGCCGACCACGACAAAGACGGCAAAGGGGACGCCUGCGACCACGAUGACGACAAUGAUGGCAUCCCCGAUGACAAAGACAACUGCAGACUGGCUUUCAAUCCCGAUCAGCUGGACACGGAUGGUGACGGCCGUGGAGACGCUUGCAAAGAUGAUUUCGAUCAAGACAAUGUUCCUGACAUCUAUGAUGUGUGUCCUGAGAACUUUGACAUCAGUGAGACAGACUUCCGGAAGUUCCAGAUGGUUCCUCUGGAUCCAAAAGGAACGUCCCAGAUCGAUCCCAACUGGGUGGUCCGCCAUCAGGGCAAAGAGCUGGUUCAGACGGUCAACUGUGACCCUGGCAUUGCAGUUGGUUACCAUGAAUUCAAUUCAGUGGACUUCAGCGGGACUUUCUUCAUCAACACAGAGAGGGACGAUGAUUACGCCGGCUUCGUUUUUGGCUACCAGUCCAGUUCCAGGUUCUACGUGGUGAUGUGGAAGCAGAUCACACAGACGUACUGGUCCAACAAACCCACCAAGGCCCAGGGCUACUCCGGCCUGUCCAUUAAAGUGGUUAACUCCACUACUGGCCCAGGAGAGCACCUCCGAAAUGCUCUUUGGCACACAGGCAACACCCCAGGACAGGUCCGCACUCUUUGGCACGACCCUAAGAAUGUUGGAUGGAAAGACUUCACCGCCUACAGGUGGCAUCUGAUCCACAGGCCAAGAACAGGACAUAUUCGAGUUGUGAUGUACGAGGGCAAGAAGAUCAUGGCAGACUCUGGUAGCAUCUAUGACAAGACGUACGCAGGUGGAAGGCUAGGACUUUUCGUCUUCUCGCAAGAGAUGGUAUACUUCUCAGACCUCAAGUAUGAAUGCAGAGAUGUAUAAACGCACGGCGCAGAAAGCUCUGAGGAAUGCACCUUUUUUUUUGUAUAAAGUAUGAACUUAUAUAUUCUCAUGCAAAGUCCAGGGACUGAUUUAUUUCCGCAAUUUUUUAUUUUAUUUUUUUUAAAUCUGUGGCACGCACAUUUGGACGGGGCCCCAAGGGGCACAUGGUCAGCCUCAGGGUUACUUGAAGCUGGUUGGAGCAGACCACCAACCAGCUGACUGCCAGUUGAGGAUACGAGAGCCCCUUAUCUGCCACCCUUAGCAUCCACGAGAGCAAGGGGCGCUGGAGAAAAAAAUAAUAAAACAAGCCCUCCAGCUUUGCCAGUAGGACACAAACACCUUUUCUAUCCUAGGUCUGCCUGAUUGCCCGCUCUCUGAAAGACCUCAUUCAUCUCUGUGCAGGAACGGCUCCUCAUAGACAACUAUGCACUUCCAAACCUUUACAUCUCUCUCUGUCUUAGUCCCUUUCUAUCUCUUCAGCCUGUGUGCCUUUGUACCUUACUUUUUGGAUGGACAUCCCAAAGAAAACUGAAUAUUGUCUUUGCUUUACCAGAAUGGCCAGGAUGUAAAAUAGAUACUGAAUGAUGAAACACAAGGAUGAGGACAGCAAUAACAUAUCUUUAGGAAUAUUUUUUUAUUUUAUUUUUUUGUGACUUGCAAGUUAGAAACAGUGGGAUGUUGUGGAUGUUUAUGUAUGUAGCGUGUGUUGAAGACUUACCUAAACAAAAAAGUUAUAUUUACCUGAUUACCUAAGCAUCUCUAUAGAGAAUAUACGUGUGGAGAAGAGAACAUUUAAUUUAGACAUAUCAUAUCAAGUAUCGUGGGUUUUACGGGAUGUUGUUUGGUUGUCUGAACAAGUCUCAGGAUUAGAUGGGAGUGACAAAUUUCCCCAAACCAGUAAGACAUGAGGAUUUAUUACAGCCAGGAUUCCCUCAGAAAUACUCAUACAUCAAAAACUUGGAUUCAUUUUCCUGAGCGUUGGAGGAUUUCAAAAUGAAAUUAUGUAAAUACAUGUAAUUUAUUGACUCUUGCCUACAAUGUAGGCAGUACUUUAAUACUUUCAAAAAGUAAAAAAAAAAGAAAAAAAAAAAGAAAAUCCUUCCUGUCUCUAUGUCACAGUGAAAGCGACAAAAUCCGGUACAGCCAGCUGUCAGACGCAGGAUGCAUUUCUCGUCCCAGUUCAUUCAUUUUCUCCCACUGUGCUAAGUGAAUUAGAUCGUUCAGAUAAGUCUGUUUAGUAUGAAGCGUGUGACUCGUGUGCCUUUUCUUCAGAGAGAGAUGAAAAACAAAGGAAAUUAUUAUUUUUUUCUUUUAUGUACAAUUAUUACCUCAUUGCUGUUGUAUAAUUUGAUCCAACAAAAAACACAACUUAAGUACUUUUUUUUUUUCCUUCGAAAUAAUGAUUAUCUUUAGUGCUACUGUAGCAUGAGCUGUAAAUAGUAAGACAUUUUUCAUAUCUACAAGCAGCGGAGCUCCCAGUCCCAUGAUCAAGUUAAAAUGAGAAGUAAAAUGGGAGAUUUUUUUUUUUUUUUAAAAGAUAUUUUGCUUUGCCGUGUAUGUCCGAUGCAGUUUUUAGCAGAUAAAUUAUUGUUCUGUUUGUCUUAGCUGAUUGUGAGAGGUUGAUUUUUGUGUGUGUUUGUGUGUAUGCGCGCGCGUGUGUGUAGAUAAAUGCUAUUUAAAUAAUUUAUCAGGAUCUGUCGCCUUGCAAAAAGGGCACAUGUCCGUCUGUAUAAACGGUUUGCACACUGACGUGAGGAUGUUUUGUUCUUUAUUGUUUUAUUCUUUUUUUUGGUUAUGUUACCAUUAUUUUUUGUACAAUUAGUUUUGCUUGUCCGUAAACAGUUUCUUAGUUGUACAAAGCAAAAUGCUGUUUUUAUUCAUAGCGACUAUUUUGUUACAUACUUCAUGACAAUAAAUAGUUGUUCAAAUUCUCAA